CUCCUCCUGGUCCUCUGCCGCCGCCGCCGCCGCCUCAUCCCCCCCCCACCGGCCCAGCUUGUUGUCACUCACUCUGGCGGCGAAACAGACGGCAGCAGCGCAGACCAACAGACGCUAAUCCUGGUGGCGUACCCCACCCUAAAACCUCCCCCGCUGCACAACAGAACCCGGGAAACGGAGCGUACUGGACCCACCUGUGCAAAUGGACCGGACAACUUGGAUUAUUUGAAGGAGUGGGAGGGAAGAGGAAGAAGAGACAUCAGCACCAUGGAGCAGAUGAGGGUGUCGGUGAUGUAGCAGGUGCUGCAGCCUGGUGCCGCAUUGCUUGCUUGGCCUCCUCCGUGGGGGGAGAAGGCUCCGCAGAAGAAGAAGAGUCUCUGUGAGGGAAGCUUUGGACGUGGCUCCUGCCGAGAUGACUCACCUGCAGGCCGGCCUGUCGGCGGCCACCCUGGAGAAGGCCAAAGCAGAGCUGAAGGAAAACCCGGAGACCCUUCACCAGGACAUCCAGGAAGUGCGCGACAUGAUCAUCACGCGGCCGGAUAUCGGCUUCCUGCGUACGGACGACGCCUUCAUCCUCAGGUUCCUGCGGGCCAGGAAGUUUAACCAUUUUGAAGCCUUCAGACUGCUGGCCCAGUACUUUGAGUACAGACAGCAGAACCUGGACAUGUUCAAGAACCUGAAGGCCACUGACCCUGGAAUUAAGCAGGCACUCAAGGAUGGAUUCCCCGGCGUGCUGGCCAACCUGGACCGACAUGGAAGGAAGAUUCUGCUCCUCUUUGCCGCCAACUGGGACCAGAGCAGGUACAUGUUUGUGGACAUCCUGAGGUCCAUCCUGCUGUCUCUGGAGUCCAUGAUCGAGGACGCUGAGCUGCAGGUGAACGGAUUCAUCCUGGUCAUCGACUGGAGCAACUUCACCUUCAAGCAAGCCUCCAAGCUCACGCCCAGCAUGCUCCGGCUCGCCAUCGAGGGGCUGCAGGACAGUUUUCCCGCCCGCUUUGGAGGAAUCCACUUUGUGAACCAGCCAUGGUACAUCCACGCCCUCUAUACCGUCAUCAGGCCCUUCCUCAAGGAGAAGACCAGGAAGCGGAUCUUCAUGCACGGCAACAACCUGACCAGCCUCCAUCAGCUGCUGCAUCCGGAGAUCUUGCCGUCAGAGCUGGGCGGGAUGAUGCCGCCGUACGACAUGGGCACCUGGGCCAGGGCCCUGCUGGAGCACGCCUAUGACGAAGAUGCGGAACCAGAUGUGGGAACGGACGGAGGACCGGAUGCUCAUGCGUUUUCUGUCCAGGACCUACACAGAGAUGUGGACAAAAACCUCUCGCCGCAAACCAUGAAAAGAUCCCAGUCAGUGGUGGAUCCCGGCAUCUUAAAGCGACCUGACAAGGCCAAAUGUGAUGAAGACAACAUGCAGCCGCUGCUCUCGCUGGACUAAAAACAAAGAACAAAAACCAGACCUUCUGGAAAUUCUUGGAAAAUCCUCUGCGAACAUCUCUCUGUGGAUUCCUGAGAGAGGUUUACUCCACAUCUAACUUCCUUGGUGGACUUCCGUAUUUUUUGUAAAGUGCCAAGUCCACAAAAGUCCAAUUCGGACUUCUGAGUGAUGGUCUUCAAAUGAUUCCUGCGCCCAAAUGACGACGCAAGUUAUGGGACAAAUGGAAAUUGGGAUGCAAGCUUUUCCGACGUCUUUGUACCAGGAUUUUAUGAAUGAGCAAGACGGACGUGGAGACAGACCAGCAAACCUCCCUUUAUGGAAAAAAAAAACAUAUGACAAAGCUUGAUUUAUUACUGAUCAACAUCUCGCGUAACAUCAACCUCCUUUUUGAUUUCCAACAACAAUGACCUCAAGCAGAAAACGUCACAUGACCCAAAUAUGUGAGCAGGAAAUCAGUGUUUAAAUCAAUAAUAAUUCACGGCUAAGUCAUUCACAGAAUAAGUAUUAUUCAAACUAAUCAUGAUCCAAGUGACUGAAAGUAUGUUUUUCUUCUGUUUUCUUCUGUCCUGUGAUACUAAAACGUAGAACACACUACUUGUACAUCAUAACCAUCUUAGUGGUUCUAAUCUAGUCUAAAAUGCUAGCAUACAUGCCGCAGCACAUGCUAGCUAUAUAAUGCUAACAUAGUUAAGCAAAAAAGUCCAAAUAUAUGCCUGAAAUAUUGUACAUAUGUACCCCAUCUCAUUAGUUUUUUUUUUGUUUUAAUCCAAAUUUAAACUCUAAAUGGAGGUACCAUAGAACACUAGCAACGUUAAGAUAAGAUAGCUCAGCAAACAAUCCUAAAUAGCGUCUAAUGUAAAAUUCUGAAUAAACACAUUUGUAAUCUAGUACCUCCUCGUACUUCGUAAACAUCACGCCAUCUAUCCAUCCAGUUUCCAACGUCAUAAGCAUCCUGGUGAAAUUGUAUGGAAAUUUUAUAUACAGUAAAAUUCCAUCCAUCACGGGUUCACAGUACUGUUUUUUUUUUUCAAUUUAUUUCCUAAAUUUGAUUAUUUUUAUAUUCGCCAUUUGAGCAAUUUCCCGCACGUGUCACGAUAAAAUAUCAUAAUUUCUAAUUCAUCCAAUCAGAGCGUCGCUAUUAUUUUUUCAACCGCUGAUUGGCUGUUUUCUUGUCGGUAGCCUCAUCGCGCGCUGCUGGAGUUGCUCAUCACUUCCGCGUUGGGGAACGUGCGCGGAGACAUGGGGGUCCGUACACUGCAGUUUCAACACAGCGUUGAUGGAGUUUGAAACUAAACGAAAAAGAAAAAAAGCAACCAUCUAGGAAGUGAUGUGACCAACAUCUUACCGCGCAGCUUUGCUAGCGGAACACUUUCAACAGUGUUUUCCUUUUUUUUCAGCUUUUAAACGGGAAUGUACCGCUUUACGGCAGCUUCAUCAUCAUCGUCGUCGUCGUCGUCCUUUGCUGGUUUUGAUCGUCUGUCUUUUCUACGGGAGGCACACACAAUACAACAGACUGAACUACGAUGCUACACGCGAACAAGAAGUCAGACAUGAAGGAAGAUGGGAGGAAAUCCUGCUUUUGCCCUUGACAUCAUCUACAGUAAGAGUGGCC